AUGCCAAGGGGGACUCGUUCUAAAAAAGUUGUAACAAUUUCCGAAUCGGAACACUAUUCUGACAGCACUGCUACUGAUGACGAGAGCACUCCUGUGCAUCAAGUCCAAGUAGUAAUUACUAAUAAGCCGAAUACAAAGACAUUGAGAAACGUUACUUUUGAAAGUAGUGAAUCGGAAAAUGAUAGUGUUUCAAAGGGCGGAAAAGAUACAUAUCAACCAACUUCUAGUGAAGAGGAAAGUGAAGGGCUAUCUGACUCAUCAGAAUAUUCGAAUUAUUCAAAUAAAAGAAAUAAAAGAAAGUUGCCACGACGUCAUGUGACAUCUAAAAAAAUUAAUUACAGCGAAGAAAAGUAUUAUAAAAAAGUACAUAAGGUGUUCGAUGAUUUUCAUGAGGUAAUAUCAUCAGAAGAAGAACUCCCACCAACAAAACAAAGAAAAGUUAAUGAUGAUUCAUCACGGCCAAAGAGGCGGCCCAAACGAAAAUCUGCAAAGAAAUUGAUUGAUUAUGACGAAAAGGGCUAUUAUAAAAAAUUUGAGACUGCCCUUAACGCCAGGCUCCAUUGA